UCAGGAUCAGCCGGCGGGUUUAUAAGAGACCGCGGCACGGAUCGCCACUGCCAGGGCCGGCGGCACAGAGCUCCACGACACCCUGUUUUUGCUCCCCAUCCCCAUCCAUACCCCAUUCGCCACCAUGUCCCUUGCCGACAAGUUCGCCACCGCCGAGGCCCUCGUCAAGAAGCUGAAGUCUCGCCCCUCCAACGAUGAGCUCCUGACCAUCUACGCCAACUACAAGCAGAGCACCGUCGGCGAUGUCGACACCGCCUGCCCCGGUCUCUUUGACGUGUCGGGCCGCGCCAAGUGGAACGCCUGGAACGCCCUCAAGGGCACCGACAAGGACACCGCCAUGCAGACCUACGUCGACACCGUCGACUCCCUGGUCCAGAAGUACGGCACCGAGUAAGGUGACUCGCGGGCCCCCUCCCCCCCUGCCGCGCCCCGUCGCUCCCUCGCCCCGUCACCCGGGCUCUUGUGUCCAUGGGUGAGUGUGCCGGUGCCGGUGCGCCCGUGCCCCAUGUCGCGCACACACACUCCCCCCCAUGGUGCCUCCUCCCCCUGCCAAAUACCAUCUGCGUUUUUGUGCC